GAAAUGUCAACAAUCUAUUUUUAUGGGGCGACAUAACCUUAAUUGUCAUGUAUUCGUAUAAAAUUGUAAAUCUUGUAAAUAUUUAUAUUCUACUUGAAAAAAAUUAAUUAAAUAUGUCUGGAAUUAUGAGACAAUUAGAGGAACGUCAAUUAUCGACGGAGGUUACGUUAAUGCGAUGGUCACCGAAAAUGGACCUCUUGGCAUUAGCCAACGUCAAAGGUGAAGUAACAUUGCAUAGGCUCACAUUUCAAAGAGUAUGGUUACUUCCACCUCAGGAUGAAUCGGCCCUUGUGGAAAAUAUUUGUUGGCGACCUGAUGGAAAAUUAUUGGCCGUCACAUAUAGAGAAUCAAAAAUUCUCUAUCUUGUUGAUGUUGAAAAUAAAAAUAUUGUUCAUAAAACAAAUUUAUUGUCAAAAAAUUCACCAAUCACUUGUAUGGCAUGGUUACCAUUAAAUUUAAAAGGACACAAUUCAAAUAAUGAUAAUAAUCAAUCGCCAACUGGCAAUUAUUUACCAACAUUGCCAAGUCUUGAUCGUAGCUUUGGUCAAGAACCAGAGAAAAAGGAAUUUCUCUUACAGAAACUCGACAUGUUCUUUACAGGUCAAGAGACGGGGGAAAUAGGAAUGUAUAUUUUUGGAAUGUUCUACUGUGGAACAUUGAGCGUUGGAAAAGGACCAAUUUUAGAAAUUAGCGGAGGUUCUGGAAAACCUUUAUGGGCUAGUUGGAAAGGCACUAAUGGAAUUAUUGUCAAUAAACUUUCUUGUACAUUACUCGAGAGUAGCGACGCAUUCCUCAAGGUCGCUCAAGCUCAAGCAAAUGUGGAAUAUUUAAUGGAUUAUCUCUCGCGAACUUUAAUGGCAAUCACCGAAGCAUGGGAGACAAUACUCCUUGAGAUGGAUGAAAAAUUAACACGCUACGCUGAAAAUAAUCCACCGGGUAGUGUUGCUGCCGAUUUUCUCGAGCUUCUCAUGAUUGGAAUUCCAUCGGAGAAUUUGGAGAGUUUUUUAUUGCGCGAUUUAACGGAAAAGGGUUUAAAAAAAUUGGGACACAGCAUUGAAAUGUGUUACAGCAAUAUUCAGAAAUUGGUAUUAAAACACCUAAACAGCGCCGGUAUGGCGUUGGCCUAUCAAAUAUCCGAAAUGCUUGGAAUGGCAAGACUUGGCGGUGAUUAUGAAUCACUUGGAUUAAUUGAAGAAACACCAAUUACAGGUGCAUUGCAUACAAUUCAAGCAUUUCUCGCCAAAACAUCAGAGGUACAACAAGUUAUCGAUCACAGUAUGCGCGACUACAAAGCAUUCUUUCGUUGGUUGUACGUGGUAAUAUUACGAUUAACCGACGAGAGAGUACCGCCGGAAAUAAAUAAAUUAAGUCAACAGGAAUUAACUUAUAUUGCUGAAUUUUUACGCGGUUUCGAUAAUACCGAAGCUGGUAAUUGCAGUGGACGUAAGGGUGUGAAUUUAGAAAAAUUAGGACAAUAUUUACGUCGUGAACCAUUGCAAAAUUGUUUAAAAUCCGAAGGUAGCGAAUGGGCAUCAUUAUUGAAUGAAAAUUUAUGUCUACACAAUCAUUCAUUGAUUAUUAAACAGGAUCUUGAUUCAUCACUAUUACAAUCACACGACAAUGUUGUUGAGGCAAUAAAUUUACUUUUUGCCAAAUCCUAUCAGGGACUCACGGAUUAUUUUCUCAUUUCCCAUGUCACAAUUGAUCAUGUUUUAAAUUAUCAAUCAUUUUCACAAAUUGUCAACACUGAUGAUCAUUUAUUUGUUGCCAUUAGCGAUGAAGAGAUGAAAAUUGUUCAUAUUUUUAUGAUAAAUCGCCAUGAGAAUGAGGAACAAAAUUUGUCAUUUAAAAAAAUUUCCAUCGAUAUUGAUGAGGAUCAAGGUCUUUCAACAUCAAGAUCAACGAAUGAUUGUAAAUUUUAUGAUUUACAAUUUUAUUCACAGGAAUUUUUGAGUUUAUUAAUAUUUGAUUCACAAAAUGAAUCGAGUUAUUUGAUAAAUCUCGCGUUAAAAAAUACAAAAUUAUUUAAUCGCGAUAGGGAAAAUUUUGAUUUAAAUGAUUUAAUUGAUAUGUGGCCACGUGCAUUUGAUGGUAUUAAUGCAAAACAAUUGUCAACAAGUGGUGCACGUAAAGUUGCGGCAAUAUUAAGUGAUAAUUGUCGUAAAAUUCGUCUACUCGAAACGGAAGUUGAACUCGAUGACGAGGAAGAAGAUGAUGAUGAAGAAAUUAACGACGAUAGUAUGAUGGAAAUUACAACGGCAAGUAUACAAGAAAAUUGAAAAAAAAUUAUUAUUAUUAAUUUUGUCGUUAAUAAUAAUUUUUCAUCAAAGAAAAAAUUUUUGUAAAAUAAUUUAAGAAACAAAAAAAAAAAAUGUAAAUAAUUUCAAUUUUUUUUUGUAAGUAAAAUUUUUAUUUUGAUUAAAAUUAAAAUACGAAAGUUAUAUUUACAAUUUUUUUUUUAGUAUCAAUAAUUAAUAACUUUAACUACACAGCCUUGUUAGCUUUCUUAAACUAAUUCGGAAAAAAAAAAAUUUCUGAAAAGAAAAUUUUAUUCCGAUUUAGAAAUAUAUUUUCCCCUCUUUUUUUUCUUUUUUGCCUCUCUCUUUCUCUCUCUC